ACACACACCACGUAUGAGGAGUGAGUCGGACAAACAGAGAGAGAGAGAGAGAACCGGUAAACCACACAGAGACACAGACACACACAGCGGUGAAUGAGAGAGGGUGGGGAGUAAACACACAGACAAGGACACACACACACACACAUACAGCGGCGCAACGGAGAGAGAGAGCCGGUAAACACACACACAGAGACAAGGAGUGGGACACGACAGUGGUGAAGCAGAGAGAGCGCCCUGGUCCACACACACAGAGGGGGCGAGAGUUGGGGAGGGGGUGAAGGUGGCAGCAACUUGCGGCCAGUGUAGUAACUGGGGCAGGACCGGCCGCCUGACAGCCAGCGACACACAAUGCGCCUGGGAUUCACCACUUGGCUCUUCGGACUCCUCACUCUGCUGGCGAUCCUUCUCAUCCUGGCCGAUAUCUCCGAGGUGGAGAUGGAAUUCGGAAACAUCUGAUAUCCUGAGGGAUCUCGUCGGGAUCUGAAGAAGGGUCUUGACACGAAACGUCACCUAUUCCUUUUCUCCAGAGAUGCUGCUUGACCUGCUGAGCAGGUUUUCAGAGGGAAGGAGACCCAUGAAGGCAGCCAAGGAGAUGUCCCAGGACAAGUGUUGUAGGGGAGAAGCGACCACAGACAUCUCAUCCAGCACAGGGCCAGUGACUGGGAAUCAGGAGAUCAUCGAACCACAGGUACCAAAGUGGAAGCUUAACGCCACACUGACGGCACGGAUAAGGAAAGACAUUCUGAGGUUUCUGGAUGCAGAGAAGGACAUUUCCGUGCUGAAAGGCAAACUGAAGCCGGGAGAUAUCAUUCAUUAUAUUUUUGACAGGGACAGGACUCUGAAUAUAUCCUCUAGCCUGUACGAGCUAUUACCAAGGACAUCGCCAAUGAAGAACAAGCACUUCAAACAGUGCGCCAUUGUGGGAAACUCUGGGAUUCUGCUGAACAGUGGAUGUGGGCGAGAGAUUGACUCACAUGAGUUUGUGAUCAGAUGCAACCUUGCCCCAGUGGAAGUGUACGCUCAGGAUGUUGGCCAGAAGACCGAUUUGGUGACGAUGAAUCCUUCGGUGGUGCAGCGUGCAUUUGAGGAUCUGAAGAACGAGACGUGGAAGGAGAAACUGUUGCACCGGCUGAAGAUGCUGGACAGCGCCAUCCUCUGGAUCCCAGCGUUCAUGGCCAAAGGGGGAGAGGAGCGUGUCGAGUGGGUGAACAACCUCAUCAUUGAGCACAAGAUCCACGUGCAGACCGCCUACCCAUCACUGAGGCUCCUACACGCAGUGCGGGGGUACUGGCUGACUAACAGGGUGCUGAUCAAACGUCCCACCACCGGCCUCUUGAUGUACACUCUCGCCACUCGCUUCUGCGAUGAGAUCCAUCUCUAUGGCUUCUGGCCUUUCUCCAAGGACCAAAAGGGAAAGGCAGUGAAGUAUCACUAUUACGACAGUCUGACGUACGAGUACAACUCACGGGCUACGCCGCACACAAUGCCUCUGGAGUUCAAGACACUGAAAAGCCUGCACCUUCAGGGUGCAUUGAAGCUAAACGUUGGAGAGUGCAACAUGGCAACGCAGGGUUAGAGGUAAACGAAGGGAGGCUCUCCACAGCCAAUACCGUGGCGUCAUUGGGAAGCUGGACAGAUCCAGUCAACCUCACAUGUGGGGGGGAUCGAUCACAGUGAGAACAGCCCUCGUGGACAAGGCACCAACACUCUGAGCACACAAACAUCAGAAAGGGAAGUCAGAUCUUUUGUUCUCUGAUGUAUGAGGCGUGACAGCAAAGAGACUGCCCACAGCGGGACUGGACUAUUGGAGAACGGAGCGGAGAUUCCUUCGAUCAGGAAAGACCAGGCUUCAUUCAGAACUAGGCCCCAAACUAGAGGCCCGAGUGUCAGGAACUUGAACACCGACACACUUGAUUAAAGCUGUCUUUCUUAGUUAAGCUUGUGGCAGACUUUGAAGGAAACACAAUAAACAUUGUUGCCAGCUGAAGUGAUUUUAGAAUGAGCAACAAAAGAAAAACACUUACAUUGGAAUACUGCCGGGAGAGAUGGUCUGACUGGUUCAUCUAAACUGAGUAAGAGAAAAUUGGAGAUCGACACAAAAUGCCGGAGUAACGCAGCGGGACAGGCAGCAUCUCUGGAGAGAAGGAAUGGGCGACGUUUUGGGUCGAGACCCUUCAGCCUGUGAUUCAGGAGAGAGGGGGACAUGGAGAUAGGGAAGGGUAAGGUGUGAAAGCACAGAUCAAAGGGGACUAUGAUGAAGGAAAAUGGAGAAUGGUUCAUUGUUAGCUGAAGGGAAGGUGACAACGAGGCAUACAAUCAGUAAAAUGCAAUCGGGAGGACAGUGAAACUAGUCGGAGAACUGGGAAUGGGGGAGGCACAGACAGAGAGGGAAGGCAAGUGUUACUUGAGGCAGAGAAAUUUGGAUUAACUGAGAAAAUAAUUCAAAUGAGCGACUGAAAAAACAGAUGCUUUAAUCGAAUAGUUGGUCUUCAACCUGUAAUGGACUAUCGCACAGUCUGUGUUACACAACAUCUGCAGUUCCUUACUAAUACAGUCAUAGAGUUUUACAGUGUGAAGACUGGCCCUACGCCCAAUUUGCCCACACAGGCCAGCACAUCCCAGCUACACUAGUCCCACCUGUCUGUGUUUGACCCAUAUCCCUCCAAACCUGUCCUAUCCAUGUACUUCCCCAACUCUUUUUAAACGUUGGGAUAGUCCCUGCCUCAACUACCGCCUCUGGCAGCUUGUUCCAUACACCCCCUCCACCCAUUGUGUGAAAACGUUACCCCUCGGAUUCCUAUUAAAUCUUUUCCCCCCUCACCUUACACCAUCUGGCCCUCGAUUCCCCUACGCUGGGCAAGAGACUCUGUGCAUCUACCCGAUAUAUUCCUCAUGAUUUUAUACACCUCUAUAAGAUCACCCCUCAGCCUCCUGUGCUCCAAGGAAUAGAGACCCAGUUGACUCAACCUCUGCCUAUAGCUCAAAACCUCUAGUCCUGGCAACAUCCUGUAAACUCAAGAUGGUUCUUAAUGCAAAGGCCGUCAAUAUGUACAGUACAAGACAGGGUCUCCGCAGUAUAAGGACUGCAGUGGCCCCAUAGAGAGAGUCUAUUGCCUCAGACGGAGCUCUUUAAUUGGCAUGGGCCUGUCCCACUUGGCCAUCAUUUGCGCGUAAAUUACACGACAUCAUUUACGCGUGACGACGCAUGACACACGUGACGUGACACGCACGUGGUGCGCGCAGGCUGCGCAGUACGCAUGCAUGGUGCGUGAUGACAUAGGCAGUGUGAUGUACAAAAUCUUUGCGCGCUAUCUGCAUGAUGCACAAAUGACGGCCAUGUGGGACAUCCUUAAGGCUUGAAAUAGGAAGGAAUAAAAAGAAAAAAAACCAAAUAGAGACUGUGAUCUCACCCAUAAUAUUGGGUCUGAAAUUCAAUCCAGAACAGGGUUUGCGAUUGUGUGUAAUUGCCAUGGUUUGUGAUUUCCACAUUAUGCAGGGUUUGCAUCUCCCCAUAGUACAGAGUCAGUGAUUCAACCAAAUAUAGAGGACGCAUUUCAUGACAAUAUUAUGUACACUGUGCCCUAAUACCUGGGAGAUUGACGCAAAAUGCCGGAGUAACUCACCGGGUCAGGCAGCAUCUCUGGAGAGAAGAAAUGGGUGACAUUUUGGGUCGAGACCCUUCUUCAGACUGAUAGUCAGGGGAGAGGGAGACGCAGGGCAAGGUGGGAAAACAAGACCUCAAAAGAGAUGGGGGGGUCAAGGAAAAGACAGGAUAGAUGCUUGUUAGCUGGGAGAAGGUGACAACAAAGUAAACAGAGAUAAAAUGUAAUCAGUGGGACAGCCAGACUGGUGGGAGGACUGGGAAGUUUUACAUGGGACUUCUUUACUCAAUGAUACAAGUAAUUGGUGUGAUGUACAUGGAACGUCAACAGGAUUCAAACUGCUGGGAGGCAAUGCAACGCAAUGAGGAUGGUAGAGCUGCUGCCCCACAGCCUCAUGUUUAAUCCUGCCCUUGGGUGCUAAUGUAUGCUGCAUGGGUGCUGAAUGACAGUUUUGUUGACCUAUACUUUUCCUUCUCUCCCUGAACGGAUUCCUUCUACCUUCUGCAAGUCUAAGCCCCUGUCCCACUUAGGAGACCUAAACAGCAACCUCUGGUGACCCUGCCCGCCACCCAAAAAAAAAAAUCAAGGUCGAGGUGACCUGCAACCUCCUACCACCUCGCACGCACAUGUUGAAAACCUUCCUCGACUAUGAAGAAAACCGGCUUCGACUAGACCUGCGACUAAAAAAUGUUCGAUUUUUAAAACGGCAACCUAUUUUUAGUCGAGGCCGGUUUUAAUCAUGAUGAAAAAAUAGCAGCAACCUAGAUGAAGCCUCGACCACGCGGAAACCACUUUCGACCAUUAGGGAGAGUGACCAAAACCUCCAGUGACCUCAUGGAAACCUUGGGUGGCGGGCAAGGUCACCAGAGGUUGCUGUUUAGGUCUCCUAAGUAGGACAGGGGCUUUUAAAACAGCACCUUCCAAGCAUUGCACUCCACACUAUUCACAUACUGCUUUUAAAUAAAAUUCUACCGCAUCUCCUUGCUGGAUUUUUUUUUACCAUUU